UGGAAAAGUGACAUUAGCGAUUUGCGUGUGGCAUGUGAAAGCAGAAAAUUUCUUACAAGAAAAAAUUAGUAAUACAUAAAGGUGGAAGGCAACAUGUAAAAAGCAGAUUUUGUGUAUAACAAAAUAAGUGAUAUUAAAAAGUUUGUUUAAUAAAAUAUUAGUGAAUGCGAGGUUGCUGCUUUGAGCGUGGAAAAAAGCAUAAUUGAAGAAUAUAAACUACAUUCACGUAAUUUUGCUGACGGAAAACCAUUUUUUUUUUCGAUGAGUGCGUAAGGCUUAGGGGGGAGAGAUAUUCGCGUGUAUGUGUGUAUAAAUGAAAGUAAGGCAGAAGGCAGUGAGAGCGUAGCAAUUACUUACGACCCAACCCCGCUGUUUUCAGGAACAACAACAACAACAACAACAACAACAACAACAAUAAUCGUAAAAAAUAUCAAGAGCCGAAAUGGUUUAAGUGUGUGCCUAAGUGCGCGCGCGUGUGUGUGUGUGUGUGUGCGUUUGAACAUCGCUGAUAUCGCCAUCGCCUGGUCUGACCUUUUUAGCCUUUUCUGCCCUCAAGGUGCAUGAAUGUCGGUGCGUCGUUACGUUGGCACGUCGUACGUCCUGCUUAGUGUCAUUUGUCGUUAAACCGUUAUCGGUGCGUAUACUUUUCAUUCAUUCGCCAAUCGAAUGGUCGGCUGUCGCGGUGCUGUCGUCAUCGUGUAGGGUUUUUUAUGCGAGCAGAAAAUUAGAAAGCGUUUUUUUCAUCGCCUGAUAAGUAAUUGAAAGGAAUUGAACUUAUUUCCAAUGCCUACAGACAUGCGUACAUGCGAACAUACAUACUAACAAGAGUGUUCGCUGUGCUUGUUGUUGUCAUUUAUUGGUGAGCGAAAAAUUUUCAAGUAUACAAACUUCCAAUCAAUGAGAAAAUGGUAACGAUGACUUCAGAGAUGGACAAAACGCAAACUUCAAUCGUCAUGGCUGUGAAGACUGUUGCUGCCGUUGACAAUGCCGCUUUCGCAACAACAACAACAACAGCAAGCAGUCCAAUACAGACGGAGGUCGGUGAGGAGUUGCCACACAGCCAACGCAUUGCGCAAGCCGCUGGGAAUGGUGGUGUUGCAGGCGAUACUUGCAAUGAAAUGCAAACAAAAGUUGCGACCACAACACAUACAACAGACUCGGUGUCGGCCACCAUGAAACCCUUAGAGCUCUCAAAUGUUACAAUCUCUAUCGAGUUGGCCAGUGAAGAUGAGUCUUCAACAGCAGCGACGCCUGCCAGUGGCAAGGAUGUGUCUGUCAGUACACCUGUCAUACCAACAACGCCAAGUACACCGCAAGGAGCAACGCCCAAAACAACUACUACGCCCAGUGCUGCCGCUGCGCCAACGGCCCACGACCACCCACCCAACACACCUAUCACAACAGCGGAAACAGCAAUAAUAUCAACAACAACACCAAUAGCAACAGCUGUGGAAGCGACGUCUGCAACACUCAGCAAGACAACGCAAGCAAAUACUGACGCAAAUGUGACAUCAGCCAUUAUUGAAAGUCCCCCCGCUACGGUAAACUCAGGUAGUAGAGCAAUAAAUGAUCGUGUUGUGGACAGCUCUAAAGUCAACAGCAACAACGUUGCUACGCCAGUCACGGCCAAAACCAUCGCCAACGUCACAAAAGAUACCAAAGCGAUAGCAUCAAUCACAUCAUCAGCAUCAACAGCUUCGUCGUCGUCAACGUCCUCAACGACCAAAGUGAAUUUUUGUAUAAAUACCAAUGCCAAUAACAGCACCAAUAACACCAACACAACAAACAGCACGUGUACAUCUAGUACGAAUAGUACCAGUAGUGUGACCAGCAUGUCUACGCCGGCUGCUGCAGGCGGUAGCGCCACUAGCAAUGGUGCUGGUGGCGGUGCUGGUUUGGGUUUGAACAGUUCCCAUUAUCAUCAUCAGCAACAGCAGCAGAGUAGUCAGCAUGGGAAGUCAUCGGCCAGCUGUAGUGGUAGUGGAGGGGCCGGUGGCGCGGGUGGCUCACACACUGUACUGCCCGCUGGUAAACCCUCACACGCCACUGGCACCAUAGUAAAUCAUCCACAGCAGCGACGUAAUGAAGAUGCACCCAAUAUUUUGGUAUACAAAAAGAUGGAGGCAAUUAUCGAGAAGAUGCAAGCGGAAUCAACUGGUGUGGCAGUGCGUACCGUUAAAGCGUUUAUGAGCAAAGUCCCGUCCGUUUUUACCGGUGCCGAUUUAGUUGCAUGGAUUUUAAAGAACUUCGAUGUGGAAGACGUGACAGAGGCAUUGCAUUUUGCGCAUUUGCUGGCCUCACAUGGCUACAUUUUUCCCAUUGACGAUCAUCAGUUGACGGUGAAAAAUGAUGGUACAUUUUAUAGAUUCCAAACACCCUACUUUUGGCCAUCAAACUGUUGGGAGCCGGAGAACACAGACUACGCUGUUUAUCUAUGUAAACGUACCAUGCAGAAUAAGACACGGCUGGAAUUGGCUGAUUAUGAAGCGGAAAAUUUGGCAAAAUUACAAAAAAUGUUCUCACGCAAGUGGGAAUUCAUAUUUAUGCAGGCGGAGUCACAAAGCAAAGUGGCGAAAAAGCGUGAUAAACUCGAACGUAAAGUUUUGGAUUCACAAGAGCGCGCCUUCUGGGAUGUACACCGACCCAUGCCUGGCUGUGUGAAUACCACAGAAAUUGAUAUUAAGAAAGCAUAUCGACGUGGUGGUCAUGGCUCUGGCACAUCCGGUGGUGCCGUGGCCAAAAAUCCAGUUGAGCAGGUGACACGCGUUAUAGCGUUGCGUAAACAGAAACUCGAGAGACGCACCAUAAAAGUGUCAAAGGCGGCAGAAGCUUUGGUCGCCUACUAUGAGCAAUACAAUGAAUUUGAUUACUUUAUAACAUCGCCGGAGUUGUCAAAUCCAUGGCAAACGGACAGUACUGAAAUGUGGGAUGCCGAACGUAAUUCUAAGGAAGUACCCUUGCGUCAUGUCAAACGUUGGGGUUUCAGUUUACGCGAACUACUCAAUGAUCCAGUUGGUCGCGAACAAUUCGCGAAAUUUCUCGAAAAGGAAUACAGCGGCGAGAACUUAAAAUUUUGGGAGUCUGUGCAACAAAUGAAGACACUACCACAAUCGGAAAUCAAAGAAGCAAUACAAAAAAUCUGGCAAGAAUUUCUCGCACCCGAUGCACCAUGUCCUGUGAAUGUUGACUCCAAAUCGGUGGAGUUGGCGCGCGAAGCGGUGAGUGCGGUUAACGGUCCGAAUCGUUGGUGUUUCGAUGUUGCCGCCGCACAUGUCUAUCAUCUGAUGAAGAGCGAUUCAUAUUCACGUUAUCUACGCUCGGAUAUGUAUAAAGAUUAUUUGAAUUGUUCUCGCAAGAAAAUCAAAUCCAUACCAAAUCUAUUUGGUGUGAAGCGUUAGGUUAUGGGUUUGUAGCGUAUUUAGUAUGUACGUAGUAUAUACAUAUGUAGGUUAAUAGUGAAGGAUUUGAAUAGUAAGUGUGAGAUUUAGCUAUAACGGUAUAUACAAAUGUGUUUAACUACUGUAUGGAUAUAAGUAUUUAUGUAAGUUAAAAAUCGUAUGCCGUCACGCAGCUUGUUAUAUUUUUUUAAGGAAGCCAUUUGUAAGCUUUAGUAUUGUUGU